AUGUCUCCUAGAGUUGAUCCAGCUCUCUUGAAAGCUCUCUCGCUCGACUCUACUACAGCUACGAUCUCCAAACAUGGAGGAAGUGGGUUCGCAGAGACCUUCAUGUUAAGUGGUACAAUUGAUGGAGAGCAAAGGUUAUUCUUCGUGAAGACUGGAGGGACGGAUAGCGAGGAGAUAUUUAGAGGAGAACACGCAUCCCUCAACGCUAUCCAUUCAAUCGUACCUUCUCUCUGUCCCAAAUCUCACGCCCACGGUCCAUUAGAAUCCGGUGGAUUUUUCUUAGCAACAGAUUUCCUCGAUUUGAACCCGCCACGAGAUGGAAUCCCUGGAUCCGGCAUAUCUUUAGCGAGAAAAUUGGCAAAGUUGCAUAGCACACCAGCACCGAUUCCAGAAGGAUAUGAAGAGCCGGUGUUUGGAUUCCCGGUUACGACGUGUUGUGGAGAGACACCGCAGGAUAAUGGGUUUAAGGAGAGUUGGGCGGAGUUUUAUGGGGAGAAUAGGCUGAGGGGUAUACUUCAGAAAGCAGAGUCGAGGAAUGGCGCGGAUGGUGAGUUGGAGGGGUUGGUCGGGGAGGUGAUUAAGAUGGUGGUUCCGAGGUUGUUGGGGGAUGGACAUCUAAGGGGCAAAGAUGGGGAGAAUAUUAAGCCGGUGGUUGUGCAUGGGGAUUUGUGGAGUGGAAAUCAUGGGAGGGGAAGGAUUGGAGAUGGCGGGAUUGAAGAAGUGGUUUUUGAUCCGAGUGCUUGUUGGGCACAUGCGGAGUUUGAGGCGGGGAUUAUGGGGAUGUUUGGAGGCUUCGGAGGGGCAUUCUGGAGGGAGUAUCAUGAGAUUAGACCAAAGGAUGAGCCGGUAGAUGAGUGGGAGGAUAGGUGUUUGUUGUAUGAAUUGUAUCAUCAUUUGAACCAUUAUGCAAUGUUUGGAGGUGGAUAUAGGGGAGGUGCUAUGAGUAUUAUGAGAAGACUUCUGAAGAAGUAUGGAAAGAAAAUUUGA